UAGUAUUAUUAUUAUUUACAAUUUUAUUAUUAUUAUUAUUAUAUACAAUUAUAAGCUGGUUAGACGAACACCUCGUUUUGCUUAAUUGGAUCGUCGUGAGAUUUGUACAAGAAAAUUUGUAUAAGAGAUACUUUUAUAAUUUAGACCGGUUUUAUGUGACUCCAUACGAAAAGCUCGUCGCUCGAAAGGCGAUAACCUACAACGGGAUGAUAUAUUUCAUUACAAAAAUGUCGAUAUUACGUCUGACUUGAUCACAGAGGUUCCUGACAUCACUUUGAAAUCUACGCGAAGUUACAUGACGAACGUGCUGCACAUUUCUGUCCGUUCGACAAGAUAAAUCUCGCCCAAGGUGGAAACAAGAGAACGCGGAUUUUACCUUUCUUCGAACGAUACUUUUUUUAUACAGAGAAGAAAAGGCGGAAUUCACACGCAACUCACCCUGCAAGCUGAUAUAUAACGAAAUAUUUACAUUUAAUAUGUACAGAGUUGUCAUUUUUGUCGAGGCAUAGCUGGGCAUAACCUGACUGUCGCCGGAGUCUCGAGUCAAAUUAAUAUUUAUGCAGCGACAUAUUAAAUUGAUAUCGUGCUGAAGGUGAAUCACUGACACACUUCCUGAAGAAAUGACUCAGUUGGAGUUGGAUCCUCAAUUCACCCAGGGGCUGCGACUUCUGUACUCCACCAACAAGGAUUCCGCAGAGCAGCUGCGAGCCCUGUUAGAUGAGGCGAUUAAACAGAAGUACGGGCCAUCCAAAAUGCUGUCGAAUGUUCUGCACAAGAAGUACAUGAUGGAAGAACCAGUGUUGAGCGAUCACAGUAGCAGUAGCAGUAAGAAGAGCAAGAGCUCCAGCUCGUCCAAGCAUUCGAGUAAAUCAAGUAAGAACAGUUCUCCGGUUAAUUUGCCGGCACGUGACACUCCACCGGACAUCCUGCAGUCGGACGAUACGCUGGCACUGGAAAUCCUAGAGGACGAUCUUACGUGUGUUAUCUGCAAGGGGAUGGACGUCGGGGCGAGGAACAGGCUCGUCGAGUGUCAGGAAUGUCACUCUUUGUAUCAUCAAGAGUGCCACGUUCCACAUAUUUUAGAUUCGCAGAUAGAUAAUGUUCCAAAACAAGUGUGGUACUGCAGUAACUGUUCGAAGUCACAGGUCUCGAAAGAAAGGAGUUCACCAAAGACUGUAAUAGAAAGCAAAUCUAAGGAGCAGAAAAAACCUAGCUCAAGUAGUGGAGCUAAGGUGACGCCAAAUAUUCAUAUCAUCAGCGCAGAUAGAAGACUGAAAGAUAUGAUGAAGAAAGCUAAGCAGGACAAACGUAACACAAGUACUGCCACGAGUUCAAAAAACUCUUCAUCCACUUCCCCUGCAUUAUCUUCAACCAAAUCUUCUCAGGAUAAAUCAGGAUUAUUAUAUAAAAUAAAAUCAGGAGUAGAAUGAUUUGUUUAAUUUGCAGGAAAAAUAGCAAACCGAUAAGAUCGUAUCCAGGUACUAGAUGGUUCAAUGUUAGAGUAGUCGACAAAUAAAGAUCUGGAUUUACCAUCCUAUAUUGUAUAUACAUGUAACUAAGAAUAACACUAAGAAUUUUGAUUGGAAAAUAUUCUCAUGCGAUACACACAUACAGCGUACGACAUGUGUAUUUAUGUGGAAAAACUCGAAACGAAGAAGGAAGGUUUCAUUGUUACUUUUUUUUGAAUAUAUUUUCAUAAGACCAGAGAAAGUAACGAGUCGCGCCCCCUUAUGAUAAAAGACAGACAUCCUAAAUAGACGGUAUCACACUAAUGUGUAUUUAUAUUGAAGUUUAAUCUCGAAUUACAUUCAAUCGAUAUUAAUACAAUUGGGCCUUUGUGUAUGUCUGAAUUUCUUACUGCCUAUAUAAAUACAAUUCCAUAUUAUACAAUUUAUUAAUAAAUGUACAAACGUGCCAUGUAAAUUUGUUA